AUGUGUAUUGACCCCAAAAAGGCUGUAAUUCGUGGGUCUUCAAGGUGGUAAGUACAUUAUUUAUUCAUUUUUAUUGCUUUAGGCGAAAGAAGCGAAGAUCCACCAACCAUGAACACUGCGAUCUUUCGCUUAUGCCGCUGAACGCCCCACUAAACGUCCAAGUCCCUUGUCCAUGUCUUCACAAGGACCUGAGGACCGUCUACAACACCACCAUUUCAAGGCCGUAUCUCUUUUUUACAUUCCUUUGCCAUAUUAAUAUAUCUGUUUAA